AUGGACGGGGACAGGGUGGAGAUAGACGGCGGGAUCAUGGAGGGGGGCGGGCAGAUCCUGCGGGUGUCCACGGCGCUGAGCUGCCUGCUGGGGCUGCCGCUGCGGGUGCGCCGGAUCCGCGCCGGGCGGAGCCAGCCCGGCCUCAGACCUCAGCAUCUGUCUGGAUUGGAGAUGGUUCGAGAUCUGUGUGAUGGGAAGCUGAAUGGUGGAGAAAUUGGCUCAACAGAAAUAACUUUCACUCCUGGGAAGAUCAAAGGUGGAACCCACAUAGCUGAUACAAAAACAGCAGGGAGUGUGUGUCUACUGAUGCAGGUAGCAAUGCCCUGUGUGCUGUUUGCUGCUUCCCCAUCAGAGCUUCAUUUAAAAGGUGGGACUAAUGCGGAGAUGGCUCCUCAGAUAGACUACACAGUCAUGGUUUUCAAGCCAAUAGUAGAAAAGUUCAAUUUCACAUUUAAUUGUGACAUAAAAAGGAGGGGCUACUAUCCUCAAGGAGGUGGUGAAGUUGUACUCCAGAUGUCUCCAGUCAAAGAGCUGAGCCCAAUAAACUUAACAGAACGUGGCACAGUGACAAAGAUUUAUGGAAGGGCAUUUGUUGCUGGAGCACUGCCUAUCAAACUGGCAAAGGACAUGUCAGCAGCAGCAGUGAGAUGCAUCAGAAGAGAAAUCAGAGACCUUUAUAUUAACAUUCAGCCUGUCAGAGAACCUGAUGAUCAAGCUGUUGGGACUGGAAGUGGAAUAAUUAUUGUUGCAGAGACCUCAACAGGUUGUUUGUUAGCUGGAUCAUCACUUGGCAAGAGAGGAAAGAAUGCUGACAAGGUUGGCAUUGAAGCAGCUGAAAUGCUGCUUCAGAAUCUUAAACAUGGUGGAACUGUGGAUGAUUCUCUGCAAGACCAACUGAUCAUUUUUAUGGCACUAGCAAAGGGAGUAUCUAGAGUGAAAAGUGGACCAAUUACACUUCAUACUCAAACAGCUAUACACUUUGCAGAGCAGCUAACAAAGGCUAAAUUUACUGUGACAAAAUCAGAAGAAGAAAACCCUAGUAAUGAUACCUACAUCAUUGAGUGCCAAGGAAUGGGGAUGACUAACCCAAAUUUAUAG